UCGAGGAUAAGCUCAUCAACUGCCCAGCGGACACACAGUUACACUCCCACGCUCUCUCUCGCCUGUCGGAGAGAGAAGAACACCAAAAAAAAAAGGACAAAAAAUGGCAUCCUCCGCCUCACUAUCCUCCCCACUCCACUUCCGCAACCCAAAUCCCAGGCCCAUAUUCUCCCCAAAGCCAACAAAACCUACCACCCUAAAACCCCCCACCACCGUCGUCAAGCCACUCUUCGCCCUCCCGCCUCCUGCCGAAGUCGACAGCGCCACAAUUGCCGCCAUUGGCGGCGGUUCGGUGGCCGCCCUCGCCGCCGCGCUUUCCUUAUCCGACCCCGAAAAGCGUCGCCGCCUCCAGGCCGAAGAGGUCGGCGGCGGCGACAAGGAGGUGGUGAAGGACUACUUCAACAAGUCCGGGUUCGAGCGGUGGAAGAAGAUAUACGGAGAGACGGAUGACGUCAACAGAGUUCAGAGGGACAUCAGGCUCGGGCACUCCAAGACCGUUGAGAAUGUGAUGAAGAUGUUGACCGAUGAGGGCCCACUUCAGGGGGUCUCUGUGUGCGACGCCGGGUGUGGGACUGGGUGCUUGGCGAUUCCGUUGGCGAAGGAAGGGGCGUUUGUCACGGCUGCUGAUAUUUCAGCUGCCAUGGUUGCGGAGGCUGAGAAGCAGGCAAAAGAGCAGCUUCAGUUAAGCAAUGGCUUCUCGGCAGGACCAGUACUGCCAAAAUUCGAAGUGAAGGAUUUAGAGAGCUUGGAUGGGAAGUACGACACGGUGGUCUGUCUAGAUGUUUUGAUUCAUUACCCGCAGAGCAAGGCUGACGGGAUGAUUGCGCAUCUUGCCUCAUUGGCGGAGAAUCGGUUGCUUAUAAGUUUUGCACCAAAGACAUUGUAUUAUGAUGUGCUAAAGAGGAUAGGAGAGUUGUUCCCGGGGCCUUCGAAGGCAACAAGAGCAUAUCUACACGCAGAGGCAGAUGUGGAGAGGGCUUUGAAGAAGGUUGGAUGGAGGAUAAGGAAGAGAGGACUAACCACUACACAAUUUUAUUUUUCGAGGCUGGUCGAGGCUGUUCCUGCUAAGUGAGGAAGAAAAGGCCAUAUUUGAGUUCUGCCUUUUGCUCUAACUGGUUGUAAAGCUUGUUUACAUGUACGUUCUCAUGAAUCUCAUCCUCUUCAUGUAUGUAUGGUUUUGUACUCUUUAUACUAGAUGUUCAUGUUUCAAUCUUAUAUGCAUGAUGACAAUUUUGUGUUCUUCAUAUGAAAUUUAAAUUCAUUGC